AUGUUUUCUAUUUACAGAUUCAACCAGCCUAUCCUGCAGGUCCUCUCCAGACAUGCUCAAGAGGUAGUACUCUCCACUGCAUCCCCUGCGGGAGCGGCUGCUAAUAGAGCAACUGCGUCUCCUGUAACAGUUCCUGCUUCAGCUUCUACUCAGCCCACCAAAUCUGCUCUGACCAGAUGCUGCGGCGGGAAUACUCACUGCUGCAGCGUGACACCAGCGUCUGCGAGGAGCUGCAGCAGCAACACGUCGUGCUGCAAUAUUGCUAGCCAGCUGCCCGAAGACGAAAGCACUAACUGCUUCUGCUUCAGCAAUGCGCCCUCUCAGCAGAAUGACAAUGGAGAUGAGUACAUCCGCAAAAGCAGCCAGUGCUGCAGCAACAACAGCGUGGACUACCAGAUUUGGUAUGACCCUGAGGGCCGACUGUGUGAAGGCCUGGCCCUGCUGUUCUCUCAGCAACUGCAGGCUGCGCUCAACCUGGAUCACCAGCAGCCGCAACAGAUACUGCGGAAUUUAUCCCAUCAGAGGUCACAGCGACACGAUACGACAUCACUAAUUGUAGAAGGCCUUUUUGCUGCGCAAAUGAUGAACAGCAGCAGCUAUUGCGGAUCAGUUACAGCUGAGUCGGGCGGCCACCAACGGCAGCAUCAGUUGAAUACACUAGCAAGAAAAGCAGCCUUGGCUGUAAAAGGUGCAACUGUUUCAACGCAGCCACUCAGUGGCGUGACUCUAGAGGUCCUGCUCGAUGUGUGUCAAGGACUUACCAAAAGCAGCGAAACACGUAGGCGUCCCCUGCGAGAUGUGUGCGUGUUCCUAUUUGUGGAAAGUGUAAACGGGAGCCUGAUGCCGUUCUCUGCUGCCUUCGUUUCUGAGGUUGCUGGAGCACUGGCGGAUAGAAGGAUUAUGCAACAUCCCCUCAGGGGAUGCGCUAUCUCGCUCGUUUGUUGUGAUAGAACGCCACCAGUAAUCGCAGCGCCAGUACCACCAACGGCGGCUCGUGGGGAAGCAGACCGUGGUUUUGAGCAGCACCAGCAAGCUCAGGCUGAAAGGGGCGUCACCACUUCUAAUGCAACAGCAAGAGGGAACAGUUUUAGCAGCAGAGCCAGUAGAGUAAUCAAAAAGCUUGCAGGGAACUUGGUGAAACUCGGAUCAAGCUCUCUGCUGCAGCAGCAACAGCAGUUGUUGUGCUUGACAUUAGGUGCGAAUGCUGCUCUGGCAACGACUGCCAGUAAGUAUUGUCAGUGGGCAGACUGUGCGGUGGAGCUUGUGCUUCAAAGGCAACAACAGCAGACAGCAGCACGGCCAGCAAGCUACUGCAGCGACACUGACACAUCUGACGUAUCAAGUGCAUGGAUGUUCAGCAGCUCGGAGGACGAAGAGCAGCUGCAACUGGGGUAUUCUGGUAGCUGUGGGCCUUUGCCGUCUGACGUGGAAGACCUGGUAGACUCAUCACUGCAGCCUCGCACACCCUCAGCAGCAUCAGCAUCAACGGCACCGGCAAGAAAGGCCACGGACGCUGAAAUAUCUGGUUCACCUGAGCAGCUGACUCCUCGUCUUCGAAAGAAUUUGAGCAAGGAGGGUUACAAGCUAGUGGGCACUCACUCAGCAGUGAAGCUGUGCCGUUGGACAAGGUCGGCUUUAAGGGGGCGUGGCGGCUGUUACAAGCACACUUUUUAUGGAAUCAAGUCUUUUGGUUGCAUGGAGUUCACCUCCUCUGUCGCCUGCGCGAACCGCUGCCUCUUCUGCUGGAGGCACCACACAAAUUUGGCAGCAGGUGACUGGAGGUGGAAGGCAGACGAUCCGCAAGACGUACUUCGUGAGGCAAUGGAUAAACACCUUAAGGCAAUCAAGGAGCUCAGAGGUCUUCCUGGCUUGCGUGACGAUUUCUACUCCGAAGUUAAAGACCAAAUAUUGCACUGCGCGCUUUCAUUGGUUGGGGAACCAAUCAUGUACCCCCGCAUCAACGAGUUGUUGCACCAAAUGCAUCAAAGACGCAUAUCCACUUUCCUCGUGACAAAUGCACAGCACCCAGAUGCUUUGCGUGCCCUGUGCCCCGUCACGCAGCUUUAUCUUUCGAUCGAUGCAGCGACAGAGAGCGACCUUAAGCGACUAGGCAAGACCGUCAUCCCAAGCCCUGUCGCCGUCUGUUUCCGAGUACAAGCCCGUACACCGGGACUCAUGGUUGCGUUUCCUGAGUUGUAUAGACAUUCUACAAAAAAGCAAAGGACAGUAUUCAGGUUGACGCUUGUUCACGGUUACAACUGCAUACUAGGGCCUGUUGCAGAUGCUGGCACCAGUGAGCCGGCGAACAGCCACAACGCCGCCAGCAACAGCGGUAGCAGUACAAGUAAUACGAAGUAUGCCAAAGGAGUGACGAGCACGCUUGAUAAAUACGCUUCUUUGGUGCUACGAGGCGAGCCUGACAUGAUUGAAAUUAAAGGAAUGACAUUUUGCGGUGGCCUUGACAGGGAGUCUCUGUCGAUGCAAAAUGUCCCGAGACACCAGCAGGUCUUGGCAUUCGCCGAUGGCCUGCGACGGGCACUGCCAGAGGGGCUUUAUGGACUGGCGUCGGAGCAUGAGCACUCUUGCUGUGUUCUACUGGCGCACAAGAAGUACUUUUAUGAGGGCCAGUGGCACACGUGGAUUGACUACCCCAAAUUUUUUGUUCUGGCUCUGAGCGGGGAUCUAAACUUUAGUGGCAUUGACUACUCGGCGCCCACACCAUCCUGGGCCAUCUUUGGAGCCGAAGGUCGCGGGUUCGACCCCCAGCAAAAGCGGGUAUUUGGCAAGGGCCGGAGGAGGAGAGAGUUGGAGCUGUCUCAACAAACGUAA